AUGAAUAGCUACGUCCGUUAUUCAGCUUGUGCCAUAUUCGUAUGGAUGCUCUUAAAGGUGCUCCGCGUAGGAAGGCGAGAGCCUUUCCUUCCACCUGGGCCAGCUGCAGUACCUAUUCUCGGUAAUCUUAACAUCUUUCCUAAACUCGAAGCUCAUUUCAAACUGACGGAAUCGGCGCGUCAAUACGGGGGAUUGUACUCGAUCAAAAUGGGUCCCGGAACGGCGAUUGUAAUCACCGAUGCCACGGUUUUGAAAGAUCUUAUGGACAAGCGAUCUUUAUCAACCAUUGAUCGACCUCCGAACUACAUAGCUGACCGGGUCACUGGAGGAAUGAGCAUGGUUAUGUCUCGAUACACGGAGAAUUGGCGCAUUCUUCGGCGUGCAUCUCACGAAAUAUUAACACAAAGCGCAUGCGCUCGACAUAUGGCUAUUCAGCGGGCAGAAUCUUCGCAGCCACUGCACGAUUUUCUCACCGAUCCCAAGGGAUUCUAUACUCAUAUUAGGAGAAAUUCAGCUUCAGUUAUUUUAUCCGUAUUGUUUGGUAAACGGGCACCACGCUUUGAAACCAAGGAAGUGUCGGACUUUUUCGAAGUCCAACAUAUGGGAGAGGAUUUUAACGCCAGGUUCCCUUCCCCAAUCGAUUUCCUUCCCUUUGUUAAAUGGAUGCCCCGGCCACUGGCUCGAUGGAAAGAUGUUUGUGAUGAGACCCGUAGACGUAGACGCCAGCGUAACCUCUACUUUGGGCUCUUGCGUGAAACUGAAGAGCGAGUUGCAAACAACUAUGAGAACGGAUGCUUCAUGGAAGAGGUCCUCACCAGACAAGCAGAGUUUGGAAUAAGUCGAGAGCUGGUGGGGUACCUUGGCGGAGUAAUGAUCGAAGGCGGGUCGGAUACGACAAGUUCAUGGGUCCAGUCUCUUAUCUUGGCCCUGGCCGCGUUCCCCGAGGCACAGAAGAAGGCUCAGGACGAGAUCGAUAAAGUUGUCGGGGCAGAUCGGUUGCCAACUCCGGAUGACUUCUCUGAGCUGCCAUAUAUUCAAGCAGUCAUCAAAGAAGUUCAUCGCUGGAGACCAGCAGCUCCCCUUGCCGUCCCUCACGGAACUGUCGACGAAAUCUCUUACCGAGGCUACCGAAUUCCAGCUGGCCCAACAAUCUUCGUCAAUAACUGGGGUAUGCUUCACGAUCCAGAUGUAUACGAACGCCCCGAAGAUUUUUGGCCCGACCGCUGGCUGCAGAACGAGUUUGGCACCAAACCUGAGUGGAAGGAGGUUUUGCCCCGGUGUGCAUCUAGCAAAAAUAGUAUAAUGGUUAACACGAUGAACCUCGUGUGGGGCUUCAAUUAUGGUCCUGAAAUUGAUGAAAAGACCGGAAAGCCUAUUCCCAUCGAUACCUGGAACUAUGCAAAGGGUAUCUUGACAUGUCCGGAGCCAUUUAUGGUUACCAUCACUCCUCGUAGCAAGCAACAUGCAGAAGCGUUGGAGCAUGAGUUUCAAGCUAGUAGUACCGCUUUUGCUCCGUAUGAAAUUGGGUUGGGAGAUGAAGACAAGGAGUUUAUCAAGUCUCAGCGACUGGAUUCACUUCCGAAACCAACUUUUUCGCAGUCACGUUUGGCCCCAGGAGCGAGUGUAGCUGCUAUCAAGACCUCAUCCGUGAUGAGGAAUGACGAAACAGAACAUAACUUACUUGCCGCUUCCUUUGGGACGCUAUCGGUGCUUCACCAGUUUUGUCUCACUUCUCUACGCACGCAAAUGUUCCCUGAUACCGACAAGUUGGUGCAUCGUGGAUUCAGCCGAUCCCAUAUCCAAUCUAGCACGGGAAUGUCAUCCGGCGGCGGCGCCAUUCCCAGCAUGGACCUGGAAAUGACUUGGCCUUAUGCCGACAACUGUGGAAUUGACGAAGAUGAUCCUGAUCCUGAAGGGGUCCAGACGAUUCUGUCUAUAGCUCCUGCCAUGGAUAGUAUCUCAAAGAGAACACACUUCCGUUUGUACUCCAGUCCUGUAAACUCGCGCUGGGCUAUCGUUGCUGUCUUCGAGCCCCUUAAAAUAGCGCAUAGUGCAAAGGAGAUGAUUGUCCAGCUAUCAUCCGAGGAUACACGAACGAGGUGCAUCCUAAUAGCCAAUGAUGCAUGUGUUUGGAAGGCAAUUGACAGUAGACGAAGGCGUCUCGUUUGUCUCCCACCUGACCUCGGAGGUGCGAAAAAGAGUUCUAAAUUCUUGACUGAGUCAUCCACAUUCGCCCGAGCUGAACAUACAAGAUGCUUUGCAUGUAUUGGACGGUACCUUGAGGUAUUCACACUCCAAAUAUACACUCAACCAAUGACAGCCUGCAUCCAAUUACUAGACGGGCUCCGGCUUUUCGAUCGCAUGUUCCGAGCUACCAGGGCAGCUUAA